AAAUAGGGGAGUCCGAAGAAUUCGUAUAACUAUCGUAUCGAUCGAAAUUUCUGGACAAACCCUAAAUUGCUCGGUUCGGAAAGAUAUGGCUGGUGUAGCCGAAGGAUCGCUCUAUGAUGCUCGCCAAUAUGACAGCCGUAUGAGUGAACUGCUUACCGAAGAAGGGAAAGAUUUCUUCUCUACUUAUGACGAGGUUUAUGAAUCUUUUGAUAAAAUGGGAUUGAAAGAGAACCUCCUCAGAGGCAUUUAUGCUUAUGGUUUCGAGAAGCCGUCUGCAAUCCAACAGAGAGGAAUCGUUCCGUUCUGCAAAGGGCUUGAUGUUAUCCAACAAGCUCAAUCCGGUACUGGAAAGACAGCGACUUUCUGCUCAGGGAUAUUGCAGCAGCUCGACUAUGAUCUGCUCCAGUGCCAAGCUUUGGUCCUCGCUCCUACAAGAGAGCUGGCCCAGCAAAUAGAGAAGGUCAUGAGGGCCCUCGGCGAUUAUUUGGGUGUAAAGGUUCAUGCUUGUGUUGGUGGAACCAGUGUACGUGAGGACCAGAGGAUCCUAGCCGCUGGUGUGCAUGUGGUUGUAGGCACUCCUGGCCGUGUCUUCGAUAUGUUGCGUAGGCAGUCACUUCGGGCUGAUCACAUCAGAAUGUUUGUUCUUGACGAGGCUGAUGAAAUGCUCUCUCGGGGUUUCAAGGAUCAGAUCUAUGACAUCUUUCAGCUCCUCCCGCCAAAAAUUCAAGUCGGUGUUUUCUCUGCAACAAUGCCACCGGAAGCCCUUGAAAUCACCAGAAAGUUCAUGAACAAACCCGUCAGGAUCCUUGUGAAGAGAGAUGAGCUCACUCUCGAGGGUAUCAAGCAGUUCUACGUGAACGUCGACAAAGAAGAAUGGAAACUCGACACGCUGUGUGACCUCUACGAGACACUAGCCAUCACCCAGAGCGUCAUCUUUGUGAACACGAGACGCAAGGUCGAUUGGCUCACGGACCAGAUGCGGGCCCGUGACCACACUGUCUCAGCCACCCACGGGGACAUGGACCAGAACACCCGGGACAUCAUCAUGCGGGAGUUCCGCUCGGGAUCCUCUCGCGUUCUCAUAACCACAGACCUGUUGGCCAGAGGAAUCGAUGUCCAGCAAGUUUCACUCGUCAUCAACUACGAUCUCCCGACUCAGCCCGAGAAUUACCUCCACAGGAUAGGUCGUAGCGGACGGUUCGGGAGGAAAGGAGUGGCCAUCAACUUCGUGACUCGAGAUGACGAGAGAAUGCUUGCAGAUAUCCAGAAGUUCUACAACGUUGUGAUCGAAGAGCUUCCGGCUAAUGUGGCGGAUUUGAUUUGAUGAAGGGUUUCAGUCCAACGAUCUUCUUGCAAAACCCGGAAAAAAACCACCGUUGAAGGUAAUAUCUGCCAAAUGUGUCUGUCACUCUAUGUGUGUGUGUGUGUAUGUAUGUAUGUGUGAGGUUAAAAGACGGUCUCUAACAUAAUUAAAGUGCCGGUUAUAUCCGGUUCGGUACUUGAAACCGAUAUAUCGCUUGAAAUGUGUUCUUGGCUACGAAAUUUUGUAUUAGUAGGGUUUGGUUUUGCGGUUUCCUGGGCUUAACCAUUUGGUUAAGUUCCGGUUUUAACUGUGCUAUAUGGUGGUUAUAUUAUAUAUAUCAGAGUUGGUAUUU